CUGUCCUUUUCCUCCUCCGCUCGCAGCCUUAGAGUUUAGGGGGAUCCUGAUACCGGCCGACCGGAGAGUAGAAAUAGGGAGCAAAAGUUUCUGAAUACGCUGAGGGAUAAGACAGACACACACUUCCACUUCCACUUUAGCUCUCUUUUAUCCCUUUUCUGUCUUUUGUUGUGGACGUUUGCCUUCGGCCGAGGACAAAAAGUGACACCCUGGACGAUUGGUGCAUUGACCAUGCCCAACGGUGCGCUGUAGAACUCGUCUAACACUGGAUGUCCACACCGUUAGCUGAUGGAAUUACAUCCACCGUUCGGAGCGUAGAGUCUGAGCCCAGAGGCAGUCAUCACUCAGCAGGGCAGAAGUGUGUAUAGUGAUCUUGUGUGUGUGUGUGUGUGUGUGUGUGUGUGUGUGUGUGUGUGUACAUCGCUGAUGGAUCUGCGCGUGGGAGAACGUCUGAUGCGUCCUGCAGGAUCAGACACGGCUCUGCUCUCACCACUGCAGCGCCCCCUAUUGCUCAGCCCAUUCACUCCGCAGCACUGUGCACAGUAUAGCCAGCACAUACGGUUUAACAUGGAGCAGCAUCUACGAGACCAAGAAGAGGAGAAGCAGCAGCUGCAGCAGAUACGACACAAAGACAAGAGCCAGCAGAGUGCAGUGGCCAGUUCUGUGGUGAAGCAGAAGUUAGCUGAGGUGAUUCUGAAGAAAAAGCAGGCAGCGCUGGAGAGAACCAGCUCGAACCCCCUCAGCACCCCGCCGGUGCCCUACAGAGAAUUAGCUCCGGACCCCAAUGUUUCUCUGCAGCCCCUCCUCUCCUCCCCACCACAAACCCUCAGUGAGGGACCUGAUGAACCCCCUCUGAGGAGAGCAACCUCUGAACCAAACCUGAAGGUGAAGCACAAACUAAAGAAGCACCUGCACACCAGGAAAAGCCCACUGACCCGCAAGGAGAGCGCCCCUCCCACCAUUAAACACCGCGGACCCGACACACUGGACUCGUCCCCCAGUAGCAGUAGUACUCCAGUGUCCGGCUGCAGUUCCCCUAAUGACAGUCUUCCUAAUGAAAACGGAGUGCUGCCCCCUGCUGGCAGUCUGAUACACGAGGCUCAGAGGCUAUUACUCUCAGAUGGUUCAUUGGCCCAUUUCUCUGUCCCGGCUCCCUCCACACUCCCGACCAUCACGCUGGGGCUUCCUGCUCAUGCUAAGGUGGAGGGUGAUGUGAGUUCCCUGAAGCUGGGCCGUGUCCCCCUAGUAUCCGGUGGUUCUCAGGUUUUGCUCCCUCUUGGUGUAGAGGAGCAGAGUGCCCCCUUGUUGCAGCCUGUUCUCAUUCUGGAGCCAUCCGGCCUCGUCCACGCACCACUGCUGGCUGUUCCAGGUUUGGGUCCAGUUCCCCUGCAGUUCAGCGCUCCUGCUGGACCCCAUAAGCCUCUGAGCCGGACGCGCUCAGAGCCGCUGCCCCAAAGCCCGCGAGCCCUGCACACACACCUGCUGCAACAACAGCACAGCGCACAGCUUCUAGAGAGGCUCAAACAGCAGACACACCUGGGCAAGCUCAUGUCAAAGUCGAGCGAAAAGCCUCGGCUCCGACAGAUUCCCUCUGAGGAUAUGGACUCUGAGGAGGUGGGACCAUCUGCAAGUGAUGCCCACCAGAGGGCAGAGUCACUGAGGGAGGUGGAGAAUCAGGAGGAACAACUCAACUUACAGCAGACACUCAUACUAAACCAGUCUCGUCUGUGGGAGACGCAGAAGCAGCUGCAGCAGAUGCGCAGACAGACUGCCCACAUGGAGACCCUGGCAGUUCCCAUGAUGCUUGGUGGCGUCCACAGGCCGUUGUCCCGCACGCAAUCAUCCCCUGCCUCCACUUCACACACGCUGCCUGAGAAAACAAUGCCCAUUACCACAGCACCCGAGCCACACAGCCAACCACGCUUCACCACGGGUCUGGUCUACGAUUCCCAGAUGUUGAAGCAUCAGUGUACCUGUGGAGAUAAUAGCAGUCACCCAGAACAUGCUGGGAGAAUCCAGAGUAUUUGGUCCCGCCUGCAGGAGAGAGGUCUGAGGGGCCAGUGUGAGAGUAUUCGGGGCAGGAAGGCCACUCUGGAGGAGCUGCAGUCUGUUCAUACUGAGCGUCACGUUCUGCUGUAUGGCACAAACCCCCUCAACCGCCUCAAACUGGACAACCGCAACCUAGCAGGCAUUCUGUCCCAGAGGAUGUUCGUCAUGCUGCCGUGUGGAGGAGUGGGGGUAGAUAAUGACACCAUCUGGAAUGAGAUGCACACGUCUACAGCCUCGCGUAUGGCGGCUGGCAGUGUGACUGAACUGGCCUUCAGAGUGGCUAAAGGAGAACUGAAGAACGGUUUUGCUGUGGUCAGACCACCAGGACAUCACGCAGACCCCUCUAACCCCAUGGGUUUCUGCUUCUUUAACUCAGUGGCCAUCGCUGCCAAGCAGCUCCAGCAGAAGCUAAACAUCACUAAAAUUCUUAUCGUCGACUGGGACGUUCACCAUGGCAAUGGCACCCAAGAGAUUUUCUACAAUGAUCCCAGUGUGCUGUACAUCUCACUCCAUCGCUACGACAAUGGCAACUUCUUCCCCGGCAGUGGAGGACCAGCAGAGGUGGGUUCUGGUGCUGGAGAGGGGUUCAAUGUGAACGUGGCGUGGACUGGAGGUCUGGAGCCCCCUAUGGGCGAUGCCGAGUACCUGGCUGCCUUCAGGACGGUGGUGAUGCCGAUUGCUCGGGAGUUUUCUCCAGAUAUGGUGCUGGUCUCAUCUGGAUUUGAUGCUGCAGAGGGACAUCCAGCACCGUUAGGAGGAUACAAAGUCACAGCCAAGUGUUUUGGGUUCCUGACCCGACAGCUGAUGGGCUUGGCAGGAGGGCGCGUGGUUUUGGCGCUGGAAGGGGGUCAUGACCUCACAGCAAUCUGUGAUGCGUCAGAAGCCUGCGUCAGCGCUCUUCUGGGACUGGAGGAUCCUUUCCCAGAAGACGUUCUCCUGCAGAAGCCCAAUACUAAUGGAGUUCUGUCACUACAGAGAGUCCUGCAGAUACAGAGUCAGUACUGGUCGUGUCUGAAGCCGCUGAUGGGUUCUGUGGGUUUAUCGUUCCUUGGUGCUCAGAAGGGAGACUGUGAGGAGACUGAUGCAGUGAAGGCCUUGGCGUCUCUAUCUGUGGGCGUUCUGACCAACAAGAGCCUCCCUGAUGAGCCUAUGGAGCACGACCAGUAGGCCUUGUAGGCCCCGCGUCCACUUUCCUUCCGAUUGUCCAAUCAUAGUGGAGUUCCACGUCACAUGACUAUGAGAGUCAGCCUCUCUCACUGCCUUAGGACCAGCAGUGCCUUUGAUGGGAGGGGCUGUGGUGACAUCACUUCCUGUUUUACUCCUAUGCUACUUCCUCCUAGGCUCUGUAUUGACUGUGUGUCAGAAGAGCAGUGUGGUUAAGCUAACCGGAAGUCUUCGGAAAAAACCCGGAACUUUCUGUCCAUCCUCUCCCAGAUCCGUACACUGACAUGUCAGAAGGUGACACGUUUUCACCUUUUUAUUUUUUUUAACUGCAAAUCGGACCCUAAACAGGGGCAUUCCUGGACGAUUAGAUCUCCACUUUAUUCCCUUGUGCCUUGUGGAAUGGACCGAUCUACUUUUGCUGGAGAUGAGAAGCAAGAUUUACAGACAAAACUCACUUUUGAGUCAUUUUGCUCCUUCCUCAUUCUCAUCAGACUGUUUUGCAUGUGAGAAAAUUAGCGCCUGGCAACCACAAAAGUGGGUCCUCACUCUUUUUUUAUCAAUGAUGUCAUUUCGUCCAUGACAUUAACCACUAAAGAAGAAAAAGAAGGAAGAUUUGGACAAAUUGUUUAUUCUUAACUGUUAUUUUUUGCACUGUGCAUUCCAUAAUGUGAACUAUGAUAUAUAGCGUUUCUUUUUGUUUUAUUAUUCCAGACCUCGGGGACAAAAAAGUUAUUUACAUAACAUUAGAACAUUUUUUUCUAAAUGAAGCAAAGCAGAACUGUUUUCAGUUCAGUCACAGUCGGUGCUCAUCCGCGGCUCACUGGCUGUGUGUGUGUAAGUGUUAAACACUGCUUUUCACACACACUCGGCCCAAGCGCAGCUUCAUUUCAUGCAAAGACACACACCGAGUUGCUCUGCUCUAUUAUGUGACCACUGUAUGUAAGUUUUCGCUGACCAGGGGAGAUUCUUAUCUCCCCAAAUAGAAAGUAAACUAGGCUGAGCAGCUUUAACCCUCAAGUUUUGCCAAAAUUGCAGUAAAUCCAUUAAUUACAGAAAUGUAUUUCUGUAAUUAAUCACUGGCUGGUUAAAUGUACAAAUCAUAAGAAUUAAUUUCCUUUUCACUAUGUUCUUUUGUCCAUACUCAAAGCCUCUGUUUCAUCACAAACUGGCUGCACGUUGCAGAAAGACCAUAUUUAAGCAUAAAUGUGGUCGUACAUGAACAGGAAUAGCAUUUCCAUCAUAACAUUAUCAUAAUGGUGGCAUUGUCAUUACAGCUGACCAAUCAGUAUCCUUCUCUGCAGUCACAUAUCCAGAAUUUUGGACAGUAUUCCAACAAGCAUUAUUAUUCCACCAAAUAAUUCAUAUGUUUAUGAUAUUUAGACUUUACAUGAACAAAUAUCAGAUUUCAGAAUGUCAUAACUCACUUUUUUUCUUAUUUACAUUUUUCCAGCUACAUUGUGUGAAUAUUUCUUGGACAAUAGACUAAUAGAAUGACCAAAUGAUCAAAAUUAUGUUUACUUUAAUUGUAGUAAAAUGGUGCUGCAUUAACCCCUUUACAUGACAGGCUUGCAUUCUUUGCUUCUGUAAUUUAAGAAUACUUCAGUCAGUUUGCAUAGUUUUCCAUGUAAUUACUAAAUUAGGGUGUCAUGAAACUGCAAAUUUAAGGGGUUAAUAUACAAUAAGUUUAUAAUUUUUAUCCUUAUACUAUAACAUGACAAUGACAGUGAUAACAUACACACAUGCAUUUCCUUUAUAGAAUUUUCAGUCGAAUCCUUCUGAAAUGGAUCACAGAGCCAAAAUCAUCUUUAUAACCAGCGAUGAUUAAAGCUGAUGAACUGCAUGUGUGUUUUUGAGCUCUUAAAGCAAACCUGAGGGUUAAACAUCUCAGCUUCCUCAGUCUUCUCCCUUUUCUACAUUCAUUUGUCCAAAAUCAGGAUUUCUUCACAUCUUGACCAAAAAUCUGUAGUUGCCUUUCAGCAGGAGGUUAAAAUAUGCGCUGAAUAUCACAUCCUGUACAAGUUAUCAUAGUCUUGCCUUGUCUUUCCUUUCGCGCUGCAUUUUUAUUCAGGAAAAGUCCAGUUUGACCCAAUUUAAACCUGUGGAUGCUGUUUUCGUUCUAUGCUCUGCUCUCAGAAGUUUCUUUUGAAAGCUUUGAGAGUGUUUUUUAAUGACUUGUGUUGUUUUCUGCUGGUAACCUACUUUCCAGACGCCGGUCUUAAAGCGAUAUUUUGGGUAAAGAACCAAAUUCACCCCCCUUAUGCCAAAUGCUAUUGAUUAGCCAAGACAUGUUUGGGGUCUGGAGUUUUCUUUUUAAGUUGAGCACCGGAGUUACGGAGCUAAUGUAGCUAACAAAUAGUGGAUUAGCACUUAAUGACAUGCCUAAAUCACUGCUCGCCUCAAAACGUGUGUUCAGUAACAACAAUAGAGUCUAAUUAUCUUGAUUAUGUGGUUUCUGACAUUGUAUGAUACAAUGUUAUCCAGAAACAUGGACUAAAGUUUGUUAGCAUAAAGCUAAAAACAGUAGCAGCCACCUGGAAAACUGAAGAUUGUUGCAACAGACACCAAACCUGUCUUAGCCGUUGAGCUUCAUUUGAGAUAAGGUGGAAAAUAGUGAACAUUUGAUUUUUGCCCCCAUUGUUGUGUGUGUAACGUUAAAGAUUCGCAUCAACCAUGUCUUUUUUUUAAACAGUGUUUUGCGUUUCUGCUGUCGUCAGUUAAUAUAAUCAUGUUGUACCGACCAGUUAGCCAGAAUUGGCACCAGUGCACUGAAUCACUCAACCAGAUACUGUAUACUCUUCGGUUUCCGAAGGCUGCAUAAUGUAUGCAUAAGUGGGUGUGGCUUAACUCUGUCCAGUAGCAGUGAAAGGUUUGGACCCAUCUGGCUGCAAGUUUUUCAUAAAGAUUUUGUUUUGAAGACAAAUGUGAGGAGGGAAAGUAAAGAACUGCACCAUUUGCUGGUCACGUUCAAAACAUUUGUCAUAGGUCAUCUUGACAUAUACUUUUUUUUUUGUUAAUUAUCCAUUUGUUCAUUGAUGUAAUAUCAAACAUAACUGAAUUUGGAGGCGAUAGCACGUUUUAAUAUUACUGUGUACUGUAAAUAACUGUAAAGUUAACCCCCCAUUUAAUUCACCUAGCCUAUGAUUUAAAUGCAAACAGAAGGGGGCGCUCUGGCCUCUUUUCUUUCCCAUAUUGAAGUUGAUAAAAACGUUUUCUCCAUAAAUUACUAAAAUGUGUGUAAAUUUAUUUCCAAAAUGAAAAAAAAAGUAUUUUUUUUACAAUUUGAUUUAUUAACUCUCUCACAACAACUAGCUCAGCAGCCAGAUUGGAGAAUCUAAAAUAUAUAACAGUAGCUUUGUUUUUACUGUCAUUCUAAUGUGGAAAGUAGGAAAAAUAAGGAAAGCUCUUGAUGAACAGGGUGUCCAGCCUUUUCCCUGCUACUAUAUUCACGCUGUCCUUGCGUGUUCAUCAGUAGAUUAGUGAUUAAGCCGCCACUGUCUGAUCAGUUUUCUUUUCUCAGUGUCUGAAUGCUGUCAUUCACUUUGACAGAUCCGCCUCUUCAGGAGAGAUGUUGAAUUUGUGUAACUGAUAAAAUGCACCAGCGCUCAUGGUGACCAAAUGUCAACAACGCCGUACCUCUACACACUGCGUCUAAACAUAGAUGUCCACUACAGUUCAUCUACACUGCCAGCGGAAGUUUGGGGACAACUUGUCAAAAUGUUUUUAGCAUGUUUUCUGUUUCUUUGCAAUAACUUCACAUAAUAAUGAAAACUAAAUAGAUAUUGCCCUUUUUCUUUGCAAAAAACUUCAGAACUUCAGCAAUAGCUGAUAAAAGUCAUACCAAAAGAGCUUCCAUUUAAAACUUUAUAAUAGUAAUAUUAUAAUCAAUAACAAUAAUAACAGUACACUUUAUAGAACUUUUCAUAUGUUUAAAGUGCUCAAAGUGCUUUACAAUGCAGUAAAAAAGUACAGGCCAAAUGCAAAAAAGUAAGUAAGAAAGUGUAAAAAAUAGAAUAAAAGUCCAACUCCAAAGUUAGAAGUAAUGAAAACAAUAAAAGCUUAAAAGCUUUUGAUCAUAAAAUUGUUUUGUUUUCGUAUUGUUUUGUAGUUCAGGCUACAAUUUUAUUAGCCUGCGAGUGCCAGGGGGCGCUCUAACCACUGUUUUCUUCUGUACUGAAGUUGUACAGUUUUGCCAUAUACAACUAAAGUACUUAUGAAUUUAUUUCUAAAAUGAAAAUUUCAAUUUUUUUAAAAUUGAAAAUUUUUUUGUCUUUCUUUGUCUUAUAAGGUCUUUCACAACAGUAAGUUUUCAGCAGCCAGCCAUCAGAUUUAAGAAUCUAAAAUUUUUAACAUAAAUAUUUGACUUGAGUAAUGAGAAAUAAACCUUAUUAUUUAACUUAAAAUUAGCUAAAUUGUGAUGAAACAUUUACAUUUUUUUCAUGCUUCAACUGAAUAGUAACAGCAUGGAUGUGAUAGUGAAGAAAAAAAAAGUAAUUAAUUUGAAAUCAGUUUUUAUUUUUUAAUUUACAGAAGAAAGAAAAUGCUCUCGCUCUAAAUCAUGUGUGGUAGUGACACUGAGUGACAUGGAACAUGCUUUGACAUGUUUAUGAACCAGGAUGCGGUGCAUCCUUAAAGGGCCCAUAUCCUGUAUUUUUGUUCUGUUCAACUUAGAACAUUUAUGAGGUUUUAUGUAGCCAUAAUUCAUUUCUACCUGACUGUUUUCAGCUUGUCUUAAUAUCUCAGAAUUAAACAGGCUGUUUUUCUUACUGUGCAUUUAAUGCUGAUAUAUGCAAAUGAGCUCUGUUGUAAUGUGCCGUGCAUUGUGCCUCAUUCAGAAAGCAGUCUGGACUGAAACACUCCUUAUAAAUUUACUGUGAGUGGGUGGGGCUAAAAUGCUGCAAAUAUAUGCAAACAAGCUGUUCUUGUGACCUCACAAAAGCACUGCAUUCAAAAGAGGCUGUAUUUGCAGCUUAGUUUCUGCAAAUAAACUUGAUAGGCUGGUUUUGAAACUACAUACAACAUCAAACUCUCGUAUUUAAAAAGAAGCUGUCCAUGAUAUGUUCCCUUUAAAAGUCAUUCAUCUUCUGCUAAAAGUCAGGUUAUUGUACCUUGAGCAUCUCCGUAAAGUCCAAAGUCUAAAUCUUAUGCUUUAAUUUCAAAGAAAAGCAAAACAUCCUCAAACUUUUGACAGGCAGUGUUUUUUUCCAAUUUUGGCAUUCCAAAUUUCUUGAAUAUUUUCUAUAUUCUCUUUCCUAUUCUUUUUGCUCUUCGCCUCAUUGCCUCUUAACCAAACCACUAUGAAUAGCUGUGUGUUUGUAUGAUUUCUGUACAUAAUGUUGAAGCGUAUAUCGUCUCUGUCAGGUUGUCGCGACGACUCUGGGUUUUUAGCCUCAGCCCAGGAGAACCUGCACACUGUGUAACUGUAAUUGAUGCGAAAUGGAUGACGGGACGCGCCGUGCUUUAGCGGACGUGGCCGAAAUAGAUGACUCAGACAGCUGUCUGGAGUUCAGGUGAAGUGGGACGCAAACAGAAGAGUCCUCGCCAGCAGCUUAAGUGCUCUUACUGCUAAGCAUGCUAAACCAGCAAACAGGCACAAACGCUUGAUCAACGUAUAGCCUUAAAGUGGAAUUCCAUCAAAAAUUCCUUUGUAAUUCAGUGUCUGAGAUGUAAACAGAGUGUUUCAGAGUGGUUUGGUGUGAAGUGGUUCAUAUUUCUUUACAGUGGUGGUGAUAGGACCCAGGGGUCGCCAUGACUACAACACAAAUAUAUUCAGCACUGUGAACAAUUGUGACUACAUUUCUCUAAAAUAGAGCGUUUCACACCAAAUCACUCCGACUUGACUUUUCACCAUUUAGCUAUGCUGAAAUUUUAAAAAAAUCUGUGGAAUUGCACUUCUUGUCCCACUUUUGCUGAAUUUGUCCUCGUACACAUAACCUUGGGGCUGGAGAACAGUGCAUGUGCACCAAAAUGUACCCAGUUUCCUUCAACACUCAUCUUACUGAUGUAUUUUUACCCUUCAGGAUCUCCAGGAGAACAAAUGAUACACCUAAAGGGCUCGUGCUUUUUUUUACUUAAUAAAUAGCAAACAAAUACCAAACUUCACGAUCUGCACUCACUUCGAGGCCUGAAUUUAGCACCACUGAAGGACGUUGGCGGACAGUUCGAACCGUAGCUAGCUUUACAUUCCUGCUCACUAGAGGGCGCUGAUAUUCCUGUCACACAGUAAAUGUGUUUUUGGUAUACUUUUAUGAUAGCUUUGUGCAUUUGUACUGUUUUGGUAUACCUCCUGAUGUGUUUGUACUCUUUCUUACGCUUUCGAUGAAGCAGAAAACAGCGAAGGUGGAGUUAUAUUUUUGUGCUUUAUUAUCAGCCUGUAAGGACUAGACACUCGUUGGCUGCUGAGCCACUAAUGUCUUAAUUUUCUCCUCUAUUUUUAUCCUCUUUAAAGCUCUCCAGUGUAAAUAUUUACCCAAGACCAAAAAGAAAACUUCACCCAUGUGCCUUCAACCUUCAGCUGUCCACUAACUGGAUCUCAUUAACAAAGAACGACUCUUUUCCAAACCUACAUGUACUUAACAAUUACUUGUAUUUCUUAUUGGCCUUUAAUUCCUGUGUAUGUAUAGAAAAGAAUGUCUAUUUUGUACUGUCUCUCUCUUCCUAAUUAAAACGGAAAGCAUAUUGUUUGCCUGAA